AGCCAGCCGCACCGUCCAGGGCCCGGCCGCACGCUACAACUAGAACCAACCCAAGCCCCGGUGCAGUGCACACCCAGUGUAGCUCGUCUCUCUCUCUCUCGCAGCGACAGCCCGGAAGCUAGCUAGCUUUGAUCGCCGCCGGAUCGGAGUGCUCGUGGUGUCGUCGGGGGCCAUGGCCGGCGCCGCGGGCGACGGGCCGGAGGGGGUGGGCGGAGGCGGGGACUGGCCGCCGUUCGCCGGCGAUGCCUUCGGGGAUUACUCGUCGUCGGUGUUCGCGGAGCUCGGCGGAUGGUCUGAUGGCCUCGGCGCGGGCGCCGGGGACCUGCCACCGCUGGAUCUGCCGGCGGCGAGCGCGUCCGCGCAGGUCCAGCUGGCUCCGUCGGACGAGAUCAUGCCGGCCGCGUCAGGCGAGCCCGCCGGCGCCACGUCCUCCUGCUCCAGCGGCGACGGCGGCGCCGCAGCCGCCGCGGAGAACGCCGACAAGCCGCAGUCCGCCGCCGACGCAGCGAGCAUGAAGCCGACGACGGCGGGGAAGAAGGGGCAGAAGCGGGCGCGGCAGCAGCGGUUUGCCUUCGUGACCAAGAGCGAAGUUGAUCACCUCGAGGAUGGGUACAGAUGGAGGAAGUAUGGGCAGAAAGCCGUCAAGAACAGCCCUUUCCCAAGGAGCUACUACCGGUGCACCAACAGCAAGUGCACCGUGAAGAAGCGGGUGGAGCGGUCGUCGGAGGACCCCUCCGUGGUGAUCACCACCUACGAGGGCCAGCACUGCCACCACCAGACCUCCUUCCAGCGCGGUGGCAUGCACUUCCACGGCGGCGCCACCGUCGCGCUCGCGGAGCAGAUGUCGUUCGUGUCAACUCAGCAGCUGUACAACCUGCCGCCCCUGCGCCGACAACAGAUGAAUCCUGCAUCGUCGGAAUCCGCCGUUAGCUCCGUGCCGCCGUCUUUGCAGCAGCUCAACGGCGGCGACGAACUGCGAAGGUCGACUAGCUAUAGCCCCAUGGCCUCCGCGACGCAGACACCGUCCUCGUUGGUGCCUCCAGAUGUUUCGUUUGACAUGGGACUGCUUGGCGACAUCGUGCCUCCAGGAGUAAGAAAUGGAUGACGACCUAUAAUGAAUUAUCUCCCUACUGUCUAUAUCUGAACUCUGAAGUCAUGACAUGUCUCAGAUCAGGGAAGGCAGAUAACCAAGCAGCUACCCAUAGCUAGGGUUUCCAGCUGAUUGACCGAUGCUCUCCUGCAGAGUCCCUUGAGACCGAGCUGGAUCUUCAGCCUAUUACAGGCUGAGGCCGGUAUUGAUCAAAGACAUGCAUGUAGUACAACGCUUUCUCCUGAUGACAGGAUUUGCUAUUGAUUUUGCACUGCGCCUCAUUAUUGGACAGGCCCGUGCAAUUCUCGAUCUCAUGGCAAAAAUUUAUGCCCAACUAAUUAACUUCAGCCUAUCUGUUUGAUCUACUUGACCCUUGGCAUGUACUGUAGCAAUUUGAUAGUGGUAGUAUUGUAUUAACCUAAACUUUUAUGACUUUCUAGCUAGCUAGCAGCCUAGCAGGGUUAAUUUGUUGUGGAUGUAUAUAUAUGUUUGAGAUUCUGCAUAUGCAGAGUAUCGGGGUGAUCA